GCCAGUGGCCACUUUCCACCAACGAGGAGCGCCAUACGAAACGAGAGGUCCUUUAGUUGUUUACGACUCUCCGUCUCUGUCACUCUGUAUCACGCAUUCGCAGACUCAGCUUGACGGCUAGUAUUUCACCGCCAUGGCCGUCGUCGGCGUGCUCGCUCUACAGGGAUCUUUCAACGAACACAUCGCAGCACUGAGAAGGUUGGGGGUCAAAGGCGUGGAGAUAAGGAAGCCUGAGCAGCUUGACAACGUAGCUUCCCUUAUCAUCCCCGGAGGAGAGAGCACUACCAUGGCUAAGCUCGCCGAGUACCACAACCUGUUUCCUGCUUUGCGUGAGUUUGUUAAAAUGGGGAAGCCUGUUUGGGGGACCUGUGCAGGGCUUAUCUUCUUGGCAAACAACGCUACAGGGCAAAAACUAGGUGGUCAGGAACUGAUUGGGGGCCUAGAUUGUACUGUACAUAGGAAUUUCUUUGGUUGUCAGAUCCAAAGCUUUGAGGCAGAGCUUUCAGUACCAGAUCUUGCGUCUAAGGAAGGUGGUCCUGAGACAUUUCGUGGAGUUUUCAUCCGAGCUCCUGCAAUCCUUGAAGUAGGGCCAGAAGUUCAAGUGCUAGCUGAUUAUCCUGUCCCCUCAAACAAGGUGUUGUUUUCGAAUUCUGCUGUUGAAAUGCAAGAGGAGAAAAAUUGGUCUGAAAAGAAAGUGAUUGUAGCUGUAAGGCAGGGCAACUUGCUAGCGACAGCCUUUCAUCCUGAAUUGACAGCAGAUACUCGAUGGCAUAGUUACUUUUUGAAGAUGGCAAGCAAUGCUUUUGAAGGAGCCUCAGGUAGCAUUGUUUCUGUUGGAGGAAUGGAUUUAAGUUUAAACAAACAGCCAAGGAACGACCUUCCUAUAUUUCAGUAGUUGCAGUGAGAAACUAAUAAUCAUCUUUACCACAUGUUCUUUUUCUGAAUAAUUGUUCUUCGCCUUAAAGGCUGACAUCCAUAUUGAUUCAUUGAACAAGUAUUCUCUAUGUUUGGUUUAGUUUUGAGGCAGACAUCCAGUUCUGCAUUACAGAUGGUGUAUAUAAAAUUUGAACAUCACUUCUUUAUGGUAGCUUGAAAUUUUUAUUGAA